GCCCGAGGCGAUCCUCCGCUGCUCAGGCGCCGCGCACGCCGUGGCCUUCGCGGGCGCGCGGCGGCUGCUGUGCGGCACCGCGGAGGGCGAGCUGAGCGUGUGGGAUCUCUCCGACAGGCGUGCGGCCGCGGCGUGGGCGGCGGCGGACUCGCCCCUGCUGGCGGUGCACGGCCUCGACGCGGGCGCCGCGUGCGUGUCGCAGUGCAAGGAGGGCCACUUGCGGCUGUGGGACGUGCGGUCGCGGGCGCUGCAGUGGGAGGCGGAGACCGGCAGCAGCUCCUUUGCGCGCUCGCUGGUGCUGCCCUCCUCCGGCGGCGACGCGCUCGAUGCACAGCCGCAGGCGUGCGUGCUGUGCAGCCCGCUGGCGGAGCCGAGCAUCGUCGGCGCCUUCGACUGCCGCGGGCCGUCGCUGUGA